UAGCAUUGUCUAAAUAAAAAAAACCUCGAAAUGUGCUGUGGCUUUAUCCUCAAAAAGGGGAGGCCAAAUAAAUUAUUAUUAUUUUGUUAAAUAAUUGGCACCUGCAGCCAGCCGCAUAUCAAUGAAACGAAAUAACAGAAAUGGGCCAGGACCAGGACCAGGCGUUGGGGCACAGAUGAAUCGUCAUGCCAAUAUACGUGCACAAAUCGCUCCGUACAGAAAGCCACCAUUUCGCGGUGGUGUCGGUGGAGGGGGCGGAGGAGGCGGAGGAGGCUGCGGCGGCGGCAUGGGAAACAACAAUAUUAUGUACUCGUCCAGUCAGAUGCCAAACGAUUCUCUGUACAUAGACUUCAAUAAUCCCGUGCCAGUUUCACCGAAAUCUGCUACUCCACCUGCCCAAUCCCAUCAAGAGAUGGGUCAAAAAAAAAAGCCACAAAUGCGAGGUAAACUGCAAAAAACACAACAACAGCAACAGCAGCACCACCAUCACCAUCAUCAUCAUCAUCACCAACACCAACAAAUGGCGCCAUAUCCUAACCAAAUGAAUGGGAAUGGGCACGGGCAACGGUUUCAUCCACAUCCACAGCCCAAUCGUUAUAAUGGCUGUAUGUCAUUUAAUCGAGGACCACCGAAUCGUGGAGGCGGACGCCACAUGAUGAUACCACCGCAUAUGUGCCCUUGUCCAAGAGGCAUGGGACCAGGACCUGGACCUGGACCAGGUCCAGGACCACGCGGCAAUCAACCGUAUCCACCGAUGCCUUUUCAAACACAAAUGCCACCCAUGCGCGGACCACUUCCACCCCCACCACCAAUACCACCGCCAGCAUUCAUGCGUCGUAAUGGACGUAUGGGUGGCGGACCACCACCACCACCAAUGCCCCCACAGAUGAUGGGACCACGCGGUAUUCCACCCAUGGGCGGACCAUUUAACAUGCCCAUUAACGGUAUUGGCGGCAAAAUUAAGAAACCCAAUCACAAGCUCAUCAAACAGGUCGUCAAGGGCAAGAGCACCAUUAAAACGCUUAAGAAUCUGGUCAAUCAAUAUCCCAUCGAUAAGCCGUGGGUGCACAAGGAGCUCCUAGCCGCAUACAAUACAAAACUGGAUAUUGAGAAUCGGUUGAAGGGCAACAAGGAUGAUGAACUCUUUGCCCAAUUUAAGGUGCAACGUGACAAAUUUGUGGCCAUGUAUGAAUCGGCGCGAGAGAACUAUCUAAAACAGGAGGCAGCAUCUGUUAUGGUUUCCAAGGAUGCCAAAGACAAAAAGGUCGGAAAUGCAAAUGAUGCAAAAGGUUAAUUGAAAGCAACAGCAAAUCAAGAACAAGGCUGAAGACAAAAAGAAAAAAACAAAAAACAAAAACAGAAAACAGAAACUAAACAAAAAUCAAGUCCAAACUCGCCUCUGGUUAAUUAAUAAAAAAACAAAC